CCCCAGGCCUGCAGGAUAGAGUCUGGCCCCGGGAGACUAGACUUUUAUUCUAGUGGGCGGGGAACUCCACCCAGCAAGCAACAAAAUUCUUGAAGAUGCCUAAAGUUGUUUCCAGGAGUAUAGUAUGUACUGACACGAGAGAUAGGGAGGAAUAUGAAGGAGGAACUCCUUUAUAUGUCUAUCAUUGCGUCUGUGGACAUCUGGCUAUGAUAUUAGACUCGGUGAUGGAUAAGUUGCCAUUAAGGAGACAUGACAAUGCAAGGGUUGCUGAUGUGGCUCGUAACACUUAUAAAGUAUACUGUGAAUCAAACGGAGUAGUUUUUAUUAAGAGGCCUGAAGGAAUUGAAAAACAGUAUCGCCAAAAAUGCACACAGUGUGGCCUUAAUCUUUUCUAUCGACACUCUGAUGAUGAAAGAGUGACCUUUAUAUUUGACCAGGCACUCGUUAAAAGUGGUGAAAAACCAGUCAAUGCUCAAGCUACACCAGCUGUCGAUGAAAGCUCUUUACCGAGUAAAAAGAGAAAGGUGAUGAUGACUAAACAUACUCAGAACAGUGGGAAAUUUAGUACUGUGACUGUAUCUACCAUUGAUGAAGAGGAGGAGGAGCUAGAAGCUCAAGAGAUAGCUGAUUCUUAUGCUAGCAAUGCAAUACUGAUACACAAGCAGAUCACAAGAACUGAUGAAGGACAGAAGAGAUACGCUGGACAAAGAGCUAUUGAAGACUACGUGAAGGCAAAGAAGCAAAAAGGAACUUUGAUUGAUAAAAUAACAUAAUUCUCUCCCUCCCACAUUCUUCUUUCCUGCAAAUGUUUUUCUGUAAUCACGGACAAUUAAAAGUAAAAAUACAGUAUGAUUUGCAUUUUACUAUUAAAACUAGUUACAGUGUUAAUCAAUUUACACACA